AGUUAUGAUCCGAUCUAUCUGGUCCGUCUGAUCUGGUCGAUGAUCAGCCCGUUCAUGGCUCUUUACUACGACGCGGGAGUCGCGGCCCGGCAGCCGCGCGCGUUCCAACCCGAGCCUCUCUGAUCGGACCUGAUCCCGUCCGUCCGUUUCAAUUCCCGAUUCUCGAUUCUUCAUUCCCGAUUCCCCCUACUCGAUUCCUACUUUCUGUGCGCAUCCUCUGCGUGCUUCCCUCCUCAAGCCCUUCCCGACUCUAGUUUUCUUGCCUCCAGUUUUCUCCGUCCGUGCUCUCGACGUUUCGCGGUAGGUGUUCCUCAGCCAGGGCCAAUGUUUUCCGGGAGCAGGAAGUACGGUACGCCAGGGCGACGCCCCAGCCCGGCGACCGCGCGCGAGUCGUCGUCGCCGUCGCAAUCGCCGGCGGGAACAGCCACAGCAGCAGCUCGCGCCGCGUCGCCGAUCGCGGCGGCGCAGGCGGCGCACGUUGCGGCAGCGCUCUCCGCGAUCCCCGGCUCGCCGCCGUCGCCCAGCUUCGGGAUCGGAGUCGGGGUCGGCUCCUCCUCGCCUGCUGCGUCGCCGUCGCCCCAGCCGUUAUCAUGGCACCCUGCAUACCAGCAGCAGUUCCCGGCUCGCUCUAGGUCGCCCGCGGGUCGUUCUCCUUCCGACCGAAGCCGUCAAGCCCCAUCCUCGUUGCAAGCGCCCGCGUUUCACUGGAGCGCGGGGCAAGGGGGUGCCGAGCCCGUGGUGGUGUGCGAUUUGCCUAAGGAAGUGGUGGCGGCACACGAGGAGGCCGUCCGCUCUCACGACGCAGCGUCCUUCUCGGCCCCUCGAGCCAACCUCGACCCUGCGUCCGGCUACGCGUGGGUCUUUCUCUCCCACCGCCUCUUCCUCUGGAGCUACGUCGCCAGCCGCGUCCCCUCCCACUGCAUUGCGCUCACUCUCCCCCGCUCCGCCCUUCCCGGUAGCGCUGACGCUGCUGGCGGUGGUGGUGCUGGUGGGGUUGGUGGGGUUGGAGCAGGGGUGGGGAGCGGUGGAGGGGGGCGGGCGAGAGGGAGUGAUGGACAUGCGUGGCUGGUCGGGCUUGUGCCUGUGUUUGCAGGGAGAGGGGAGGUGCAAGGAGGAGAGAAUCGGGGGAGGAGUCAGGGGAUGGAUGUGGAUGGAGGGGAAGGCACGGACGGGGGUGGUGAUGCUGCUAUGGCUCUUGCUGGCGAUACUCAGAACGGAAGUGGUGACGGUGUCACUGGUGGCGCUUCUUCCAGGCUGGCUGCGUUGCGUGUGGUUGCUUGUAACCGUCGCACCAUGUGUGUUGCCUACUGGCCGAACGCCCUCCCUGCUGCCACUGCUGCUACUACUGCCGCUGCUAGCGGUAGCGGUAGAGCAUCUCCCCUUGAGCCGAUAAUAGGCAAGGCGCCGGAAGGGUGGGGGGUGGGACAGGCGGGAAGAAAGGGCGGGAGCUUUGGGUCAUCGGGUCGUUUCAAGGACAUUGUAACGAGCAUGGUGGUGGUGGACGCGACGAAGGGGCGUGGGAAGGGAAGUGGGGCAGGGAGGGUGGGAGACGGAGAACUGCCAGACGAGCAGCAGCAGCAGCAGCAGCAGCAGGAGCGUGCGGUUGAUUGCAUUGCUGUUCUAGGAUGCAGUAACGGCGAGCUCUGGCGUGCCGAAUGCUCCUCUUCCCCUCCUUCUCCGGCUGCUGCUGCUGCCACUGCUGCAACCGUCACUGCCACUGACCCCUCCUCCUCCUCCUCCUCGCCCCCCGCUCUCCGCCCGCCCGUUGCCUUCUCUCGCUUGGAAAGACUCGAGGCAGCCCUCCCCGCAGCAUCCCCUUCCGCGUCAGCAGCAGCAGCAGCCAGUCGGGGCCUGACACCUGGCAUGGCUCCAGGCAGCCUCAGCGUGGCAGCUGUACAGUCACUGACGGUGGUGCCAGCAACGGGAGGUGGAGGGGGAAGGGGAAGAGGGAGCGGAGAGAAGGCAGGAGACUUAGAGAUGAAUAAGGGGGGCACUGGUACUGAGACGGGCGGAACCGUUAGGAGGUCCAAACGGCUUUCGAAGACGGUGGGGAAACAGCAGUCACAGCUGCAGAAGGAGGGAGCAGAGGGAAUGGAUACGGAUGCAGGUGCAGGGGAGGGGGAUGCCGCUGCUGUUGGUGCUAAUGUUGGUGCUAGCGCUGGUGGUACCUUUGACUUGCUGCUGCUCACAGCGAUUGGGUUAGAGCUCUGGCAAAUCUCCCAAGAACCAGGGGGGAAGGGCCGGCUGAUCUGGGCCGUUGAUCUGCUCUCGGAUCUCGACGUACAGAGGGCUCUGAUUGGCCAGAAGCGCACGUGGCUUCUGGACGCGCAGGUAGCAACUGACGAAGAGGUCUCUUUUUCUCUCCCCCAACUCCGCUCCUCUCUCCCCCCCAUCCCUCAGCUGCCCCCUCCUUCCCCUUCUCCUGGUCAAUCUCCGGCUCCAUUUUCGGGCCAGGGUAAGAGUGGGAGGCAGAAAGGAGCAGGGGAGGGGAGGGGGCCUGAGACUCCCGGGGGUGUGAUGACUCGCAGAAUGGCUGCUAAGGCGCGCGCAGAGAGAAUGGGAGGCGGAGCGGGGAAGGAGGACGAGCAGCAGCAGCAGCAGCAGCAGCGAGAGAAGGGUGACGGGAAGCGGGGAGAGGCGGACGAGGAGGGGGAGGGGGGUGUUGGGGGGGAGGAGGGUGAGGAAGGAGGGGAGAGUGGAAUGGAUGUGGUGGUGCUGGCAGCAGUGCUCGUGAAGGACCGGAGCGUUGGGUUCGGCAGCUGUUUCCUGCAGUACUGGCUGCUGCGCUUUGCCAUUGUGCCCUCUUCCGCCCCUGCUCACUGCCUGCCCUUGAACCCUAAGCCCCUCUGCGAACCUCCACCAUCCACUGCCUUCGCCGCCCCUGGCAACACUGCCGCCUACUCCGAAGCAGCAGCAGCGGCUGAAGCAGCAGCAGGUGGCACGGUGGAGAGGUUUCGGCUGCGGUUGAAGCAGGCGCCGCUGCUGGUGGUACCGCGGGCGAAGGUGGAGGAGGAAGAGGCGAUGUGUGCUCUCUCCCUGCGCCUAGGUGGGCGGCCCAGGGGCUCUGUGCUGAUUCUAUCCGGGGAUGGAGCAGCCACUCUAGUGCAGCUGCAGGAGGGGGCGAGGGAGAGGCAGGAGGGGAGUGGGGUGGGGUAUGGGCAGGGGAGUGCGCAAGGGGGUGGGCAGGGGGUGGUUCAGAAGCAGUUGUAUCAGCUGGAUCCCAUGGGGGGCAUGGGGAGGGUUCUGGCCGCUGGGGUGUUCCGGCGGGGAAGGGAAGAAAUGGGGGAUGAGGAGGAGGGAGAAGGGAGAGAGGAGGUUCAGGUGGGGGAGAAGGGAGAGAGAAAGGAGGCGCAGCAGCAGCAGCAGGUUGGGGAUUGGUUGCUGUUGACGGAGAGGCGAGGGGUGUGUGCGUUACCCAUGGCUGUAGUGGACGGGAGGGCAGGAGAGGGUCGGUUGAAUAAGGCACCUCGACCUGGGGAGCUGUACGGGGUUGGAGGGAGGAGUGCGGAAGAUAUCGGUUAUCUGGAGGAGGACGGGAGAGUGAGAGGGGCGGAUGGAGGGGAGGGAGGAGAAUUGGGAGUGGAGGGGCGGAAAUCUAUGGAAGGGCAAGAGCGAGAGGGAGGAGGGGAGGAGGAGAGGGAGGAGGAGGAGAGGGAGGAGGAGAGGGAGGAGGAGGAGCAGGAGGAGGCGGAGGAAGCGGAGGAGGAGGAGGCGUGGGAGGAGGGAGGGCCGGCAGUGCUAGUGAGCAGUCUCUUUGACGAGUUCCUGUCAGCUGCAGCAGCGGUAGGAGGCGGGAUAGAAGCCAGCAUUGCUGCUGCGGCUGAUGCGGGAGCCACUGGGAUAACCGGACCAGGAGGAGCAGCAGGAGGGGUAGGAGGAGCAGGAGGAGCAGCGGGGGGGGGAGGAGGAGGGGGAUUAACAGGGGCUGACUCUGGGUCCCGGAUUCUCCAGCGCAUGUUGCAAGCAGGGGCGUUUGAGGCGGAGGGAGAGUCGAGCCCCUUUGUGCGGUGCAGCCUGUCGAUCAUCGACGCCCUCACCAAGCACUGGGGCGCGGACGAACCCACCACCGGGCCUGCAACCACCGCAGGGCUCAGAACCCCCUCCUCUGCUGCUCGGGGGGCGGAAGAGAGAGGGGGGGGGACAGCGCGGGAGGGAGGGCAGGGGGGAGUGGCGGCGGGGGGGUUUUCAUCGUCAGGCAAGCUUGGGGUGAAGCAGUGGCAGCACGACCGCUUCCUGGAGUUCCUGCAGGCGUCGGGGGCACAGCAGGAGCUUGCAGUCAGGCAACCCCUCGCCCUGCAGCUGAUCCUGGAGCACGGGGAGCGGCUGGCCGCUGUGGCUCACCUCAGGACCCUGCACUCCUCACUUGCUGCCACCGCUUCCAACCUGCAACAGCAGCUGCAGCAGCAGCACCAGCAGCAGAUGCAAAGGCAAGGUUCACCCUCCCCGUUCGCCUCCCCUUACCUGCAAUCGCCUGCACCCAAAGCGGCCUCGCCCUUGCCCCAGACUCCCACGUCAGCCUCUGCCGCAGCAGCACGCGCUGGGGAGGGGUAUGAUGAGCAAGUGGGGGAAGAAGCAAGGAUGGAGAGAGAGAGGGAGGCAGCAGAGGUGGCCGCGACGUCACUGUGGCGUGUGGUGCAGGAUGCGGGGGAUAGGAUUCGGAGAGGCAGUGUGUUUCUGCUGGAGCGGGAUCGAAGCCAGGUGUUCUUUGCUCGUACUUCGGAGGCUGGUCUGGAGUUUUUCUCUGCUCUCGCUGCCGCGUUUUCGGAUGCUGCUGGGGCGGUGGAGAGGGGGAGGAAGGACGACGCUUGGGCUGCGGGAAAUCGUGCCGCUACUAUGACAGCCGCUGCUGCUGCUGGUGCUGCUGGCGCUGCUGGGGUGACGCAGUCAGGCAAGAAACCGGCCCUUUUUACACCAGGAAAGUUCAACGAAGCUCAGGGAGACCCCAGCACCGGCACCGGCGAAACAGCAGCAGUAGCAGCAGCAGCAGGUUCCCCUUUUUUACCUGCAUACCUCACUACCCCUGCCCCUGGAACACCUACCCUCUCGCACUUCCCUUCUCCCUCUCCGUUCUCCACUCCGUCACACUUCCCACCUCCUGCUGCCACAUCUGCUGCUGCUGCUACAGGCGUGGGCGUAUCUGCAUCAGCGGCAGCAGCAGCUGCACGCAGGCACUUGGCCCGAGCGGCCACUCUGGUCGAAGCAGCAGUGGGCAGCCUCGGCGCAGCGGAUCGGUACCGAACCGACAAGGCUCGGUGGUACCCGGACCUGGGGCGGCUGGCUGGGUCGGACCUAGGGGGGGUGCGCAGGGCGAAGGGACGAGGGAGAAAACGGAGGGGAGGGAGAGGAGUGGGGGGAGUGAGAGGAGGAAGAGUGAGAGGAGGCGGCGGAGGAGGAGGGAUAGGGGAUAUGUGGCGGUGGGUAGAGCGGUGGGAGCCGUGGGCGUGCAGUGGUGCUGUGAGGGCUGCACUCUGGUCGCUAGUAGCCACUCUAAUUCAACUGGAGUCCACAGCACAGUGGGACGAGGACCAAUUGUCCCUCCUCCACCGUCUCUCCCUCUCCCUCUCCUCGCUCCUCCUGUCUGCCUUUGCCACUGCGCUCGAGGCUCGGGAUGUGGCGGGCAAGGGCGAGCAGGAGGGGGAGGAGGAGCAGCAGGAGCGGGAGGUGCUUGAGAAGGAGUACUUUUGGAAGAGAGACUUUUUGCUGAGCGUGCUCGUGCAGAGGGCGAUCGGAGCAGCAGAGGCGUCAGAGGUACAUGCUCCCUUUGUGACCCCUCGGCCGCCCUGCGUGCGUCGGUAGCAGCCCCGUUUGCCCUGGCGCGGCAGCACUGCAGCUACGCCACUCUCUUCCACGUCUGCCGCUACCUGCAGGACGUGUCGCUGUUGGAAACACUCAUGGUG